AUGGCUUCAGACUUCAAUUUGAAUGAUGACAUGGAUGAAGAUGCUGCUGCUAAUGAUGCUGAAAUGUUUCAGUAUGAUCUCAACUUUGCCUACGAUGAUGGGAUUGACUCAGAAAAUAACCAUGACAACAUUGGGUUUGACUUAAACCAAAAUCCUUCCCCUGAUGCAACAGAUGCAUCUGAACCAGCAACCAACCAUAUAGAGACAGCAGGUACCAACAGCAAUCAUCAAACAACAUCAGAUCACCAAGACACAACAAGCAACAACAACAAUCAGCAAACACCAAUCAACCCAGAAAACUCUGAAGGUCAUCAUCAGCCAACAAGGAGGAGGCUCAGUAAUGGGGCCAAGUUAGACAUUUUGAUAUGGCUAUUAACAAGGUCAACAAAUGGAAACCUGAAAUAUGGAUCCAUUCAACAGGCAGCCAAUCAUUUCAAUCUGUGCUCAAGAACUAUUCUCAGAAUAUGGAAAAAGGGGAAGGAACAAAGGGAUGCACAGUUACAGUACAACAUGUCAACAGGCUUCCACAAUUGUGGAAGAAAGAGAAUAACUAUUCCAAAUGAUGCCAUAAGGGCAGUGGCAAUGGGCAACAGAUCAUGCCAAAGGGACUUGGUAGUGAUGCUAAAUGUUGGUAAAAGCACAAUCCAGAGACUGAUUAAGAGAGUGGAAGUCAGACCUCACACAAAUGCAUUAAAGCCAAAGCUUACAUCAGCAAACAGAUUAGAUAGGCUGAGAUUCAUACUCAACAACAUUGUAGGAGAUUCACCAGGCACAAAAAGAGUGUACCAGUCAAUGUACAAUAUAGUACAUAUUGAUGAAAAAUGGUUUACACUGACUAGAAAAACACAUAGGUCAUAUUUAGAAAAAGGAGAAAAAGGUCCACAUAGAGUAAUGCAAUCAACCAAGUUCAUUCCAAAAUUCAUGUUCCAAGGAGCAGUUGCAAAACCUUGGUACAAUGCAGAAAAAGAAGUAAUUUUUGAUGGGAAAAUAGGCAUUUUUCCAUUUGCAAAAAAGGAGCCAGCACUUAGGUCCUCAAAAUACAGGAAAAAGGGAGAAAUGGUCACAAAGGUAAUUGAUCCAAUCAACAGGGAUGUCUCAAGGUGGAUGUUGAUUGAAAAAGUCAUUCCAGCAAUUAUGGAAAAAUGGCCUCACACAGGUCAACACAACACAAUCUACAUUCAGCAAGAUAAUGCAAAGGCACAUAUUACUCAAGAUGAUGCAGUUUGGCAAGAACAUUGUGAACAGCCAGGGUUCACUUUUAUAUUAACUCAGCAACCAGCAAACAGACCAGACAUGAAUGUUCUAGAUUUGGGCUUUUUCAGAAGCAUCCAAUCACUUCAACACAAGAAAAUGGCUAAGACACCAGACCAGUCGAUAAAGGCUGUUGAAGAUGCAUUUAGUGAGCUACCUCCUAAUAGGCUGUUCAAGGUGUGGGUAACUUUGUGCCACACAAUGAACCAAAUUCUGAAAAGUAAAGGUUCUAACAGAUUUGAACCUCCACAUGUUAACAAAGAUAAGCUGGAAAGAGAGGGAGGGCUACAAGAUCCUAUACAAGCUCCUAUGUGGGCUGUGAUUGAUGCAUGGGAUAGUGUGUACAUGGACAAGCCAGACUCAGAUGAUGAGCAAGACACUGAAGAGGUCAACAUUGACAACACACAAGCAAUUGAAGAGCACAACACACAACAAAGACCAAACAUAGAGGCAUAUAGGCCUGUUAUGGCCAAUGAUCAUGAGACAUCUACUUCAAAUGCCAAUGCAGAGUAG